CUCCGCCUGUCAGCUGAGCGAAGAUGGCGGUCGCGAGGAGUGCGGUGCGGCAGAGACUGUUGGGCUUGGCGUCUGUCAAGGCUGUCAACACCUCAUCAAUGAGUACUUUCCCAAAGCAGGUGAAAAUUGUGGAAGUUGGUCCCCGAGAUGGACUACAAAAUGAAAAGAAUAUCGUACCUACUCCAGUGAAAAUCAGGAUGAUAGACAUGCUUUCUGAAGCAGGACUCCCCGUUAUCGAAGCCACCAGCUUUGUGUCCCCCAAGUGGGUUCCUCAGAUGGCUGACCACACUGAAGUCUUGAAGGGUAUCCAGAAGUUUCCUGGUAUCAGCUACUCAGUCCUGACCCCAAAUUUGAAAGGCUACCAGGCAGCGGUUGCUGCUGGAGCCAAGGAAGUGAGCAUCUUUGGAGCUGCCUCCGAGCUCUUCACACAGAAGAACAUCAACUGCUCCAUAGAUGAAAGUUUUCAGCGGUUUGACCAAAUCUUGAAGGCAGCUCGGGCCGCCAGCAUCUCUGUGCGGGGGUACGUCUCCUGUGUGCUUGGAUGCCCCUACGAAGGGAAGAUCUCCCCCGUCAAAGUAGCCGAGGUCAGCAAGAGGAUGUACUCAAUGGGCUGCUAUGAGAUCUCCCUGGGGGACACCAUCGGCGUGGGCACCCCUAGGGCCAUGAAGGAUAUGCUGUCUGCUGUCAUGCAGGAGGUGCCAUUGACUGCCUUGGCUGUCCACUGUCAUGACACCUAUGGCCAGGCCCUGGCCAACACCUUGAUGGCCCUGCAGAUGGGAGUGAGUGUCGUGGACUCUUCUGUGGCAGGACUUGGAGGCUGCCCCUACGCACAGGGGGCAUCAGGAAACCUGGCCACCGAGGACCUGGUGUACAUGCUGGAGGGCUUGGGCAUUCACACGGGUGUGAACUUCCAGAAGCUCCUAGAAGCUGGGACCUUUAUCUGUCAAGCCCUUAACAGAAAAACCAGCUCCAAAGUGGCUCAGGCUACCUGUAAACUGUGAGCCCCUUGCUCACCUGAAGCUCUAGGACUGUGGGAAUAGGGGCACGUCUGGAUGAUUCACUGAUGGACACAUGGAAAUGGGAAUGAAAUCAACAGGAACAGGCACCUCACUGCCAGGACACCUGAGUGAGAGGCUUUGAAUCCCUGAGGACACUUGGGAGUCCAAUUCCCUGGCUUGGGUUAAUCAAGUCUUAUCUCUGCGUGAAAUUAUCCAGGUGGCUUCACAGCUUAACCUUGUCAUGGCCUUCGUGCCUUUGCUCUCUGACUUUGUAGGGCAAAAGGGCAUGGAGGGGGCUUUCCAAGUUGGUAGUGGGCAAAGGGGUACAGGCUGAGCUUCUGCAUUGGCCACCUGCCAACUCUAGCACCCCUGGAAAAUCUCCACUCUGAACAUGAUUUUUGAAAACAGCUAUGUAAUUAAAGAUUUAAUGAUGUAGAAUAAUUCCAUUAUUCUCCAGAUGUGUGUAUAUAUGAGAGUGGGGGAAUAAAACAUCUU